CGAGACCCACAAUUUUAAACAACUCUCAAGUUACAGAUUUUGCACAUAUAUCUAGAAUUGAGGGUCUUUUUGACCGCUUCGAUUUCGACCACACCAUGUCCUUCCCACAAUUUCAAUCUCGGAGACAAUAUUUCCUACCUCGAUAAAACACACGAACAUCGAGACGUCCACUUGCAUAGCAUGUAAUGACCAUGCCAUCGCGCUAGAUUCUACUGAUUUCGCUGUGUCUUUUGCUGAGCAUCUACACCAGCUCGAGCUGCGAGCGUUUCAAGUCGGUAAUUGUUCGGUGUUAUGUUUUUACAAGGUCUGGCAGUCCGAACGACCACCUGCCCAUAUAUAAGAUUAUUGUAAGCAGCUCUCUUAUGAGUCAGAAGCCAGAACAACGAUCGGACGAACUUGCAAGCGAAUCAGUCAUGAACGAUCAGCUUCCAAUUUCUCUCUAGAAUUGCGAGGUCCUGGCUGAUGGGUGCGGGCAAAUUUCUCAGGUAGCUUCACCUUCAUUCAUGGUCUCAUGUCGCCCUAUCUCUGUCGAGCAUCGAGGGACGACGCGAUGAGCAACAGAGACUUGAAGGAUCUGUUACGGUCCCCGAGGUCUUCUGGGAGAUUCCCGACAGUGCGGGUCCGUCCGCCGUGGAGCGACUGCAAUUCGAGAGGCACAGAAUUCGAGCGACGUACAACUAGUGAUGGUCUGAUUGCUGAGCGAUGAAAUUUGAAUCUCCUCCGAAGACGAGGUGUAUGUACGAGUGCUCACUCAAUAGACAUUCGCAAACCUUCCUGCCUUCCCAAGGACCCUCGUGGCCGAACGGGGUUGCAUUGUCGACCAAGCGAAGCAAUUCCCCCCAUAUUUGGGGAAUAUCUCUCUGGCAGACAAAAGUGCAAACGGUGGUGGGACGGCCCAUGAUUCUACGAGCGCGACGAUCAAUCUCCAGAGAAGUAGUAGGAACAGAAGAAGGUGAAGUGCCACAGUCUUGACGUAAUGCAGCUGCUGCUGAAUUUAGUCACUGCGAGUUAUUUGCGGGUGGGCCCCAGAGAUCGAGAGGAAUUGAGGACUCAACAGGCCCAGCACCAUUCUCCAUCCUCUUGGACAGACAGACAGUAAUUCCAACCUGUAGCAGCCCGAGCCUACAACUGCAACUACAUAAACACUCGGGCUGCAAGUCUGCUGAUUGCGGACUCGCUAAAGCGGAUCUACCGACACUCGCAGUCCCCGCGAAAGAAGACAGCAGGCGAGAAAGAGAGGGAGGAAUUGCCAAGCUCGGAGCCCUUUUCGAGGAAGAAGCACAAGAAGAAGAAGAAGAAGCAGACGAAGAAGAAAACGUUUUGCAUCCAGAAAACGUGGCUGAAUACUGACUCACUGCCGCCAGUGUCAGUGCGAGCGCUAGAACCGAAACAGGCCUAGUUCGAUUCACAUGAUUUGAAUAAUCUCCUCUCCUCUUCCAACUCCUCGUCUCUUCUUCUUUCCGGAUUCAAGUCAAGUUAGAGAGAGAUAGAUUUGUAGACAAGACAACCGAUCGCUUUUACGCUCUCGCGUUUUACCGACGAUUGGAUUGGGAUGGCACGAGGCUAAAAUCUAUCUUGCCUUCGCCCCACCCCUACCCUCUCCUGUCGGUCUCCGUCCCUGCAUGCCUCUCGUCCUGCGUGCCGUGUCUGUGGCCGGGCGGUUUUGAGCUCGAUCGCCCCCGUGCUUUUGAAGACACAGACGUCAUAGAAAAGUAAAAGCAAGGAAAGCUGAGCUGUAAAUCUACUGGUCGGGAGAAUCGAGUGUGGCCAUCCACGAGUCAGCUGACAAUUGGGUGAAGCUCGAGCCGGAGAAAGCUCGUAGAGAUGAGGCGCGCUGGGAGUGAUACUUUUCUUCCGACGAUGGGCUCGGACUUCCGUGGCUUGUCUUGUCUUUCGUGUUUUGUCGCAGCUGAGAUCAGCAGAAGCAGCAGCAGCAGCUGCAACCUUUUGGGAGUUUGGGGUGAUCGAUGAGAGUAGGUCUAGGGAACGUUCACAGGCGUUUAGCUCGUAAGAACAGAACCGAGUCUAGGAGAUGAACAUCUUGUGAUGGGUAAUUUGCGGGAUGAUUUGGUCGGAGAUUGUUCUCCCUGCAGCUGCGCAUCUAGGAAUCGGAGUCGUCGCACUUUGAGGAUUUUAUAGGAUUGUAUCGAGGGAGAAUUUUCGAGGACAGAGGAAGAAAACUCUUCAGCUUGGCGAGAUCUGGUGAGCUAGAAGAGGCUGGCUUGACGACAUCUGGUAGAUGAUGUCGCUGGCUUGUGGAAUUCCUCUAUUAGAAUGUGUAUAUGUAGCCGGUUGUUUGAAAUGGGGGUGGAAGAGGUGCGCUUACAUAGGGGCCUUCGAUAGCGACAGCUGGGAUAUUGCCAAUUUUGAAGAUUUUGAGCCCGUUCCUCGAAUUUGCCGGAUUAUUUUGGCCGUUUACGAGGACGAUUUGAGGCAUCCGCAGUGGGCACCUGAGGGUGGGUAUGGAAUGAAGUUGGAAACGGUGGUGAAGAAAGUAAACUAUGAGGAAACGGAGGGAAAUGCCCCUCCUUACAUCAUUUACGUCGAUCAUGACAAUCAGGACAUCAUAUUGGCGAUUCGAGGCUUGAACAUGGGGAAGAACAGAGACUACAGGACACUGCUGAAUAAUAGGCUUGGGCGAGAAAUGUUCGAUGGAGGGUAUGUGCACCACGGGCUACUCAAGUCUGCUGCCUGGCUGCUUAACAAGGAGUCUGCCACCCUCGUCGAGCAAAUCGAGAAGUACCCAUCGUACACUGUUACUUUCGCUGGUCACUCCCUGGGAUCAGGAAUCGCCGCCUUGAUGACUCUUGUCGUGGCAAAGAACAGAAGUGCUCUGGGGAACAUCCCCAGGGAACAGCUGCGGUGCUUCAGCAUUGCCCCAGCUCGGUGUAUGUCUCUAAAUCUGGCUGUACAAUAUGCAGACAUCAUUCAGUCUGUAGUUUUGCAGGAUGAUUUUCUUCCCAGGACUGCAACACCACUGCAAGACAUUUUUGGUGCUAUUUUUUGUUUGCCAUGCGUGAUGUGUUGUAGAUGUAUGAUAGAUACCUGCACGUCAGAGAAGAAGAAGCUGAAGGACCCAAGAAGACUGUACGCACCAGGAAGGAUGUAUCAUAUUGUUGAGAGAAGAUUUUGCAGCUGUGGCAGGUUCCCACCUGAGGUGAGAGCGAGCGUACCUGUUGAUGGGCGAUUCGAGCACAUUGUCCUGUCAUGUAAUGCGACUUCUGACCAUUCCAUUAUAGAGAUCGAACGAGAAUCUCGAAAAGCUCUUGAGAUACUGAAGGAGAGCCUUAUGGAGGUGCCAUCGACUCAGAAAAUGCAGAGACAGCAAAGUAUCGCGCAGGGUCAUAAGGAUCAGUAUAAGGCCGCCUUAGAAAGAGCAGUCACGCUCAAAGUUCCGCAUGCGUUUUCACCAUCAGAUGAUACGAUCGAAGAGGGAGAGACAGAUGAAAACGCCAUCCUGAUUGAUGAGAACGGCAACCCAGUGCCUCCGAAGGCAGAGGAGAAUCCUGUAGACAGUGGAACUGCAAAAAAGACCACCAACUGGAACGUUCUUGUUGAUCGGCUUUUCCAUACGAGAAUGGGGAAAGAUUCUUCUACGAGCAGCGGAGAGCAGGUUAUAAUCGAGCUGAAAAGAGAAGAGCAAAGAUCCAGCUCUUCGAAGGAGGAGAAAGUGAACGGUAAAAGUUGAAUGGACAACGAGUCGUGCUGCCGAGGCUUACCAGUGAAAGGACGAAACAAAGCGUAUCUUCUGGCGCAUCUGCCUCUUAACCUCGAGUGCCUAAGAUUUCAAAUACCAAACCUUUAGUGUUCGAUUUUUGUGCUCAUUUAUGCCUGCAAUUCCUACAUUAUCGUUGCCAGGACUUCGAUUUAUGAGCUGCAAAGCUUCUGACUGGUGGAUACUGUAUCAUACUGCAUAUAUGCUUUUCCAUAUCAUGAUCAACGCGUUUGUGUAGGAUACUAUCGAUUGAUAUCUAUCGAAGAGAAUCAAGCUGAGUUCCCUGAUGGAAGUGAAACGUGAAGUUGAUGAAAUUUUUUUAAGUACAUCAAGUUGGAGCUCAUGGAGCAAGUGGUGCAAGCCUGAAUUCAACUGCUUGUUACUCUGACAUUUGUACUCAUUUUAUUUCUGAAAUUGGAAAUUUGAGUUUGCCGACGCGC